ACUCCAACCCUGACGCGAUGUGAAACACAAUCAAAUGUGCUCUGCGUUUGAAAACAACUGCGACACACGAAGAGUGACUGUCCUGUUUAGUAUCUCCUCCCUUCACACGGAACAUUUGAAGUAAACUUUUCCCUCUCCGGUCCUGCUUCCUCCUCCUUCCUCCUCCGCAGGAGCUCCAUGAAGCGACGCAGCGGGUGAUUGGACUUUCUUGCGGCAUUCUGCUCACUGGACCCCGGGUCAUCAUGUGGACGCCGACCGAGGACGAGAAGAUGGGAGUGGUGAUCUGCAACUUCCGGGGCUCCGUGACUCAGGGUCUGGCUCUGGAGGUGGGAGAGACGGUUCAGAUUCUGGAGAAAUGUGAAGGGUGGUACAGAGGAUUCUCAACGAGGAAGCCAAACGUCAAGGGAGUUUUCCCAGCCAGCUACGUGCACUUGAAGAAAGCCAUCGUCGCCAACAGAGGGCCACAUGAGACGGUGGUGCCUCUGGAAGACCCCAUAGUUACCGAGGUGACGUCAACACUGCAGGAAUGGGCCUUACUGUGGAAGCAGCUCUAUGUGAAACACAAGGUGGAUCUGUUCUACAAGGUCCGCCACGUGAUGAUGGAGCUGAUCGACCUGAGGAGGCAGCUCCUGUCCGGCCACCUGACGCAGGACCAGAGCCGAGACGUCAAGAGACACAUCACCGUCCGACUGGACUGGGGCAACGAACACCUGGGUCUGGACUUGGUGCCCAGGAAGGAGUUCGAGAUGGUUGAUGAAGACCAGAUAAGCGUGUCAGAUCUUUAUAAAAUGCAUCUGUCCAGCAGACACAGUGUCCAACAGAGCACCACACAGGGCGACAGCACCCGGCAGCGACCCGGGGAGCCGGGUCGGGUUCCGGUACCGCACCACCUGCUGGUCAACCUGAAGAGCUUCACCUACAACAGCAUCGGGGAGGACACGGACAUCUUCUUCUCCCUGUACGACCUGAGGGAGGGGAAGACCAUCAGGUAUCUCUGGCACUUUGGUUCCCCUAUUGGUCGAUCCAAACAUGGCCGCCAAGUCUUCCAUGAGGAAGCGACGCUAGGAGCCAAGCUCUCUAAAUAUAGCGCGGCGAAACGCCAAGUGGACCGAGAGCGAACCUGGCUUUGGGCUUCCUCCCGCUGGCGAGCGCCGAAGGAGAGGAUGAGGAUGAAGAGCAACCGAGGUGAAUUGCCGACUGCUAAACGUGUGAACCCUCUCCCCGUCCCUGCAGGUCUGAUCAUCUCUCUGCAGCUGCUGAGGGGCGACAUCGAGCAGGUCCGCCGGGAGAACCCACUCAUCUUCAGCAGGGGGGUGGCCAUGACACGCAAACUGGGCUUCCCUGAUGUAAUCAUGCCAGGUGACAUCCGCAACGACCUGUACCUGACUCUGGAGCGAGGGGACUUCGAGAGAGGAGGGAAGAGCGUUCAGAAGAACGUUGAAGUCACCGUCUACGUGCUCUACGCCGAUGGAGAAAUCCUCAAGGACUGCAUCAGUCUGGGUUCAGGUGAGCCCCCCGUGCCGGAGCACCGCUCCUUCGUGCUCUACCACAACAACAGCCCUCGAUGGAGCGAAGUGAUCAAGCUGCCCAUCCCCAUCGACCGCUUCAGAGGCUCCCACCUGCGCUUCGAGUUCAGACACUGCUCCACGAAGGACAAAGGAGAGAAGAAGCUGUUUGGGUUUUCCUUCUCUCCUCUGAUGAGGGAGGAUGGAACCACUCUUUCAGACGAGAGCCACGAACUCUACGUUUACAAGUGUGAUGAGAACACCACCUUCAGCAACCACGCCCUGUACCUGGGCCUGUCCUGCUGUAAGGAGGACUUCAACAGCUGCCCCAGCAUCCCCUCCAGCCUCAUCUUCCAGCGCAGCGCCAAGGAGACCUUCUGGAUCGCCACGCAGCUCUCCUCCACCAAGCUCACGCAGAACGUGGACCUCCUGGCGCUGCUGAAGUGGAAGGCCCACCCCGACCGGGUCAUGGACAUCCUGGGCCGGCUGAGACACGUCAGUGGAGAGGAGAUAGUCAAGUUUCUCCAAGACAUUCUGGACACAUUGUUCUCCAUCUUGGACGACAACACGGACAAAUACGGACCACUGGUGUUCCAGUCGUUGGCCCUGGAGUACCUGUUUAAGUUCAUCAUCCAGUCCCGGAUCCUCUACUCCAGGGCCACCUGCGGGAUGGAGGAGGACCAGUUCAGGACCAGCAUCCAGGAACUCUUCCAGUCCAUCCGCUUCGUCCUCAGCCUGGACAGCCGCAGCUCAGAGACACUCAUCUUCACACAGGCCGCCCUGUUGAACUCCUUCCCGGCGAUCUUCGACGAGCUGCUGCAGAUGUUCACGGUGCAGGAGGUGGCGGAGUUUGUGCGCGGCACGCUGGGGAGCAUGCCGUCCACGGUGCACAUCGGACAGUCCAUGGACGUGGUCAAGCUGCAGUCCAUCGCCCGGACCGUGGACAGCCGGCUCUUCUCUUUCCCAGAGUCGCGAAGGAUCCUGCUUCCUGUGGUUCUGCAUCACAUCCACCUCCACCUGAGGCAGCAGAAAGAGCUGCUCAUCUGCUCUGGAAUCCUCAGCUCUAUUUUCUCUAUCAUCAAGAGUAGCUCGAUGGACACGUCGGUGCAGGAGGAGGUGGAGAUGAUGGUGGAGUCCCUGCUGGACGUCCUCCUGCAGUCCCUGCUGUCAAUCAUGAGCAAGAGCCAAUCGCAGGAGGCGGUAAGGGGUCAACGCUGUCCGCAGUGCACCGCGGAGAUCACUGGAGAGUACGUGUCCUGCCUGCUGUCCCUCCUCCGCCAGAUGACCGACAUCCACUUCCAACACCUGAUAGAAAACUUUCAGAGCAAGGAGGAGCUCAAGGAGUUUUUGUUGAAGAUUUUGUGUGUGUUUAGGAAUCUGAUGAAGCUCAGUAUUUUCCCCCGCGACUGGAACAUUAUGAGGCUCCUCACCAGCAACAUCAUCCUGACCACUGCUCAGUACCUGUCUCCUGCUCUGCACAAGAACUUCACAGAAGCCGAAUUUGACUUCAAGGUGCGUGACUUUACCUGGCGGACACACACUCGUAGACGCACACACACACACACCGCUGGAAGUCAUGUAGCCGCGCAUGGCCAGCUCUCUAUCUCCACAGCACUGUACGGAGACAUGAGAGUGAUGAUGACCUACGAACUCUUCAGUAUGUGGCAGAACCUCGGUGAGAACAAGAUCCACUUCAUCCCCGGGAUGAUCGGCCCCUUCCUGGGAGUGACGCUGGUUCCUCAGGUGGAGGUCCGGAACAUCAUGAUCCCCAUCUUCCACGACAUGAUGGACUGGGAGCAACGCAAGAACGGAAACUUCAAACAGUUGUUCCACCUGUUGUUCAGGGACUGCAUGAAGGGAGAUGAGACGGAGAACAAGAAGAUCGGCUGCACGGUCAACCUCCUGAAUUUCUACAAGUCCGAGAUCAACAAGGAGGAGAUGUACAUCCGCUACAUCCACAAGCUGUGUGACAUGCAUCUACAGGCUGAGAACUACACGGAGGCCGCCUUCACCCUGCUGCUGUACUGGGAGCUGCUGCACUGGGACCAGCGACCCCUGAAGGACUUCCUGCAUUACCCCGCUCAGACCGAGUGGCACCGCAAGGAGGGGCUCUGCCGUAAAGUCAUCCACUACUUCAACAAGGGGAAGUGUUGGGAGUUCGGCAUCCCACUGUGCCGGGACCUGGCCUUCCAGUACGAAUCCCUGUACGACUACCAGAGCCUCAGCUGGAUACGGAAAAUGGAGGCUGCAUAUUAUGACAACAUCAUGGAGCAGCAGCGCUUGGAGCCGGAGUUCUUCAGGGUUGGAUUCUACGGCAGGAAGUUCCCCUUCUUCCUCAGAAACAAAGAGUUUGUCUGUCGCGGACACGACUACGAAAGGCUAGAGGCCUUCCAGCAAAGGAUGCUGGGAGAAUUCCCGCAGGCCAUUGCGAUGCAGCACCCCAAUCAGCCCGACGAAGCCAUCCUGCAGUGUGAUGCACAGUACCUGCAGAUCUACGCUGUGACCCCGGUGCCGGACAGCGUCAGCGUCCUCCAGAUGGACAGAGUCCCCGAUCGCAUCAAGAGCUUCUACCGGUUCAACAACGUUCGGCGUUUCCGAUACGACCGGCCGUUCCACAAGGGACCCAAAGACCGGGACAACGAGUUCAAGAGUCUUUGGAUCGAGAGGACGACGCUGAUCCUCACCCACCCGCUGCCGGGUAUCUCACGCUGGUUUGAGGUGGACAAGAGAGAGCUGGUGGAGGUGAGUCCGUUGGAGAACGCCCUCUCCGUGGUGGAGAACAAGAACCAGGAGCUGCGGACCCUGAUCGGCCAGUACCAGCACAAGCAGCUGCACGGCAACAUCAACCUGCUGAGCAUGACGCUGAACGGGGUCAUCGAUGCCGCCGUGAACGGGGGCAUCGCCCGAUACCAAGAGGCUUUCUUUGAUAAGGAGUACAUCAUGAGCCACCCUGAAGACACAGAGAAGAUCACACAGCUCAAAGACCUGAUGCAGGAGCAGGUCCACAUCCUCGGAGUCGGCCUGGCCAUGCACGAGAAGCUGGUGCACCCAGAAAUGCGUCCCCUGCACAAGAAGCUGAUCGAUCAGUUCCAGGUGAUGCGGAGCAGCCUCUGCCACGGUCUGCCCGGGUUAGAAAAGGCCGGAUCAGGAGCCAGCACCCCCAGAGGGAUCCUGGCCUCUCACAGCCCCAUGAGCCCCGAGAGCUUCAAACUCAUGCACCGACACAGUCCCAUAGCUGUUUUGACUCCAGUGCGCAACUCGUCCUCCUCUCUGUCCUCUAACACCUCCAGCGAGACAGGAAACAUCGGCAGCCUGCUGAUCCUGGCGGACGGCGUGGUGGUGGAGCACCCCGAGGACUUCUACCGCAUGCAGGCAAGCCCCUCCUCCUCCAGCCUAAGCUCCACCCACUCUGCGCCCUCUCAGAUGAUUAACUCCGCCCCCUCCUCCAUCAGAGUUGGCUCUCCGUCUCUACCAGACAAGUACAGACACAACCGAGAGAUGUUGAUGCUGCUGCCCCCCCACCGAGAGAGGCCGAGCAGCGCCAUGUACUCCAACAUCACUGACAAUGGACAGCCGACGAACUUCCAGCGAGCGUUGUUCCAUCAGGUGAUCGGUCCGUGCAAACCCUGCAGCGACCCCAACCUGUCCGUCGCUGAGAAGGUCCUAACCACUCCCAGUAGCUGGAGUUUGGACAGCGGUACCAGAGACGCCCUCCCGUUCCUCUCCGCUCACGUCGGCAGCGUCAUGGCGCCUCCGGUUCCCCCCCGCAACCUGCCUCACGGGCAACACCUGUCGAUGCACUUUGACGCUUUCCACCACCAGGUCAGCGACCUCCCUCCAGCUCUCCCCGCGCGCUCCUUAAGAAAGUCUCCCCUGCACCCUAUACCUGCCUCGCCCACCAGUCCACAGUCCAUCCUGGAUGGCAGUAACUCCACCCUGUCGGGCAGCGCCAGCUCAGGCGUCUCGUCCCUCAGCGAGAGCAACUUCGGCGGCCCCGCCUCCUCCUCCAACCGCCCGGGCAGCCGCACCGACACCCUGGAGUCCGUCCCCAGCAGCCAGGCCUGGACCACGGACCAGGAAGACCUGGACUCGCCCUACCAGCCCGUCAGGUACAGCCUCUCGGAGCCGGAAGUCCUGGACGGAGUCAAACCCCCGCCCUGCCGCAGCCACUCCGCCCCGGGAGGCGGCACCCCGGCUCAGGCAGGUGGACUAAUCCUGCCCCAGGGUCCGGGUCCGGCCUCCACCGGCGCUCCACCACAACACCAGCAGCAGGACGGGCUGCCGCACCCCCAACACCUGUACUACUACCACCACCACCACUUCCCCCCGCACUACCUCCCCCACCACCCGCCGCUGUACCAGCUCCACGAGCCUCCGCCGGCGCUGCCCCCCAAGCCCUACCUCAGGGAAGGCUGCAUCCCCGAGGAGGACCCCCUGAACCCGCAGACCGCCCCGCCCCCCCCGGCCCCCCGGCCCACGCCACGCAAGAUCUCCCAGCCCAUCAUCGCAGCGACCAAGGACGAGCAGGCCAAGGUGGCGUGGGAGCACGGCGUCGGUGAGGACUGAGACGCUCAGAGACGGAAACGGUUCGUA